AUGAAAUUGAUGAUCACAAUGAGUGUGGUUUUAUGGGCUUCCUUACUCAUAUUCCUCUAUCUCUUCAUCAAGAUUACUUAUCAAACUCUUACAUGUUACUUGCUCACACCCAUACGUAUCAAGAACAUCAUGGCUCGGCAAGGAGUCCGUGGCCCCAAACCCCGGUUCCUUAUCGGUAAUCUCUUGGAUGUCGCGUCUCUCAUCUCCAAAUCCACCUCCUUCGACAUGCCCUCUAUCGACCACGACAUCGUUCCUCGUCUCCUACCUCACCUUGUUCUCUGGUCCAAAAUAUACGGAAAAAGAUUUAUAUACUGGAACGGUACGGAGCCUCGGAUGUGCUUGACGGAGACGGAACUCAUCAAAGAGCUUUUGGUAAAGCACAGCACUAUUUCUGGUAAAUCAUGGCUCCAACAACAAGGCUGUAAGCAUUUCAUUGGGCGUGGCCUUUUAAUGGCCAACGGAGAUGAUUGGCACCACCAACGUCACAUCGUCGCACCUGCAUUUAUGAGAGAUAAACUCAAGAGUUAUGCUGGUUAUAUGGUGGAAUGCACCAAAGAGAUGAUCCAGUCAAUGGAAAAAGAAGUGGCCACUGGACGAACUGAGUUUGAGAUCGGAGAAUACAUGGCUGGGCUCACAGCUGACAUCAUUUCUCGAACCGAAUUCGAUAGCAGCUACGAGAAAGGAAAGCAAAUAUUCCAUUUGUUAACAGUUCUACAACAGCUCUGUGCUCAAGCUAGCCGUCACCUAUGCGUUCCCGGAAGCCGAUUUCUUCCGAGUAAAUACAAUAGAGAGAUCAAAUCGUUAAAGAUGGAAGUGGAGCGUUUGUUGAUGGAGAUUAUUCAGAGCCGAAGGGAUUGUGUUGAGAUUGGGAGGAGCAGUUCAUAUGGGAAUGAUUUACUGGGGAUGUUGCUUAAUGAAAUGCAAAAAAAGAGAGGUGGGAAUGGAUUCAGUCUGAAUUUGCAGGUGAUAAUGGAUGAAUGCAAGACCUUUUUCUUUGCUGGCCAUGAAACCACUGCACUUCUGCUUACAUGGACCAUCAUGUUGCUAGCCAGCAACCCAUCUUGGCAAGAUAAGGUUCGAGCCGAGGUUCGACAGGUCUGCAAUGGUGGUUCACCCUCGGUUGAACAUCUUUCCAAGCUCUCAGUGUUAAACAUGGUGAUUAACGAAUCAUUGAGACUGUAUCCUCCGGCAUCUGUACUACCAAGAAUGGCAUUCGAAGAUAUAAAGCUAGGAGACCUUCACAUUCCGAAAGGACUGUCGAUUUGGAUCCCAGUGCUAGCUAUACACCAUAGUGAAGAGAUAUGGGGUCAAGACGUGAAUGAGUUCAACCCUAACAGGUUUGCCUCCAAGUCGUUCUCCCCUGGACGUCAUUUCAUGCCGUUUGCAGCCGGCCCACGUAAUUGCGUCGGCCAAUCUUUCGCCUUGAUGGAAGCCAAGAUCAUUUUGGCCAUGUUAAUAUCCAAAUUCAAGUUUACGAUAUCAGACAGUUAUAGACACGCACCAGUUAUCGUGUUGACCAUAAAACCAAAAUAUGGGGUUCAAGUGUGUUUGAAGCCCUUGGAAGAAGGAGAGACAUGUUGAAGUAAUUGGUGAUGGAAAUUGACCAAUUUUGACUCUUUUUUGGGUGGGAUUUCAAGAUAAAAAUAUGCUUUUCUUUAAUUUAUUUUUAGUUUAGUUUUUAAUUAAAAAAAUGUUUUUGAGGGAGUGGAGAAAGAGAUAGAGAUGGAGUGAUGAUUGUAAUGAUCAAUUAGCACAAGAAGAUAUGUUAAUAAAAUGA